GGUCAGGGGUGAGAGCUCCUCACAAUCUGUCAUGGCGAAGGAUGGAGCGGAGACUUUGGCUUCAGUGUAACUCGGAGCUCUGGCUCUAACCGACCGGGAUCGCCGUGCUCCAGCCCGGACCCCGGGCCCAGAGGACAGGAGCAGAUUAUAAUCCGAAGAGGCCCAGAUGUGGAGAGCUGAAGUAACUGGAGCCCCUCCACUUCAGAUAACAUCAUGUCUUACUAUAACGAUGAGCCUCGAUACACUAUUGAACAAAUUGAUCUUCUUCAGCGCCUCCGCCGAUCGGGAAUGACUAAACACGAAAUCAUUCAUGCACUUGAAACAAUGGAACGGCUCGACCAGGAGCAAAAUGAAAAGUUUGUUAGGCGGCCUAACUACACCAGUAACUAUGGCAACAACGUUUCGGCAUCCUCUUCCACAGCUUCUGCUGCUACACAGACUCAAAGUCUAGCGCAAUCACCGUCACCUAGUAACAGCUACGACACAUCACCUCCACCCUACAAUGCAAGCCACACAGGGCGAGAAAGCACUGUAAAUGAGAGACUUGUUGCCAGUGGAACACUGUCUCCGCGGUACCAGAACAGUGGGAGUCAGAGAUCAUAUAGUUUUGACACAGGAGAUGAUGAUGCAGAUUUGGAGGAGAAAGUGGAAGAGUACAUGAGAAGGGACAGCAAUGCAGUAAAAGAGGAAAUCAAAGCAUUUUUAGCCAAUCGGAGGAUUUCUCAAGCUGUAGUGGGACAAGUCACAGGUAUUAGUCAAAGCUACAUAUCCCAGUGGCUGUUGCAGCAGGGUCUUGACAUGAGUGAACCUAAGAAGAGGGCAUUUUAUAGAUGGUAUCUUUUAGAAAAGAAUAGUCCAGGUGCUACUUUAAGUAUGAGACCAGUUUCGACCACAACAACAGAGGACCCUGAGUGGCGGUCAAACGUCAGCCCAGUGACAGGAAACUUCCGUCUCAGAAGGGGAAGUAGAUUUACCUGGCGAAAAGAAUGCCUCUCUGUCAUGGAAAGCUAUUUCGGUGAAAAUCAAUAUCCAGAUGAGGCAAAGCGAGAGGAAAUUGCAAAUGCCUGCAACACAGUCAUACAGAAACCAGGUAAAAAGUUAUCAGAGUUUGAACGAGUUACCCCUCUGAAAGUGUAUAACUGGUUUGCCAAUCGUCGGAAGGAGAUGAAGAGAAGAGCAAAUAUAGAAGCAGCAAUCCUGGAGAGUCAUGGGAUUGAUGUUCAGAGUCCUGGUGGACAUUCCAAUAGUGAUGACAUUGAGGGCAACGACUACUGUGAGCAAAGUCAAGGAGUGAACCCUGGCCAGGCAGUUGUUCAGCAGCAAGAACUUGAAGAAAAAGAGACCGAUGAAGAAACACUGUUGCUCAAUCUCACACUCGCAGCCAUGAUACUGAGAUUGUGUGCUUACUUUUGGGUGUAGUUUAAAAGGCAGGAGUUUGGAGAUUGUGAGAGACCAGAUGCCAAGACAGUGCUGAACAUAGAACAUUACAUAGAAUGGUAGCAGAGAUGCCUGUAGGUGAGGUCACUCAAGUUCUGCUGCAUGAACUCAGAUGAGUACUUUGUUAAGGUGACUCACAAAAAAAGUCUGAAGUUGUCCAAAAUUAAAUGCUUGGUGCAUUGGGUGAUCUGCCAGACAACCGAGAGUCACAGUCAAGGAGCGUGGAGGGGUCCAGCACUGGAUUUGCAUGGAGCUAGAUCUCCAGGAUGGAAAUUGCAGCCAGUUUCAUUACUGGCCUUGUGUACUCAGUCACGAUCUAUGCACUCAAUAUGAUGGUGGCUGCUAGAUCAGCUUCCGUUACAGUGCGUGCAGAAGGCUCCUAAAUUUGUGGAUGCUGCUGUGGUACCUUCGACUGAGUCAUUCAGCCAGCUACCUACCAUCAGACUUCUGACCUGGCUGCAGAUACAAGUGCUCAAAGGGAUUCCUUGGGUCUCACAGCAAUCUAUCUUCUGACACACUGGUUCAUUUGCUGAGGUGUUCAACAGGAAGAAUGGCAAUGACUCUACAUAGCAUGAUUUGCUAUCCUCGCCACACCUCAGGCAAUGGGAGAGGUUGCCAAGGGAGGGUCCUUCAUGGUAACCUCAGCUGGUGUGGGAAUUAAACCCACACUGUUGGCAUCGCACUGCAUUACAAACCAGCUGUCCAGCCAACUGAGCUGACUGACCCCUUGUUUGUGUGCCGCUAGCAAUCCUGCACAGUGACCUGUGUACAGUCAAUUCCAAUCUGCAGCAUUCAGAGCACGCUUGCUGCACCUCUGUUUACAUACAAAAUACCAGUGACCUCAAUUGUACAACAGUGGCCACAGGAUGUUGGAGAUUUCUUCUGAUCCAGCUUGGAAAGAGCUUGACGUAAAAUGUUUCAAGUCACGGUUACCUACCUCUGUAGCUACUGCUAAUGCCAUCCUCACCCUGCUUAGGGGCUUGGAUUAGGUUGCAGAUUUCAAUGAGCAACUUAUUGAAGUUGAGGCAUCAGGCACACUGUUUGUUGAUAAGGUUGAGACAGGAGAGGAGAAACUAGGCUUUCCCACUUGUACUGUCCGGAUCUCCUGAAUCUUAUCACUCACUCCCAGAUACUCAUUACCAAUUGAUGUUCGUCUUCCAAUGCCUUGGUGAAUACAGUUCUCUGUGAAUGAUAGACAAUAUUUGCAGUGAUAAUGCCCUAAAGCCUCAUUCUUUGUUUCUUUUUAAGAAAAGUGUGUUAGUUGUUUGAUUGUCAUAUUUAAAAUAAAGCAGCCUUUGCCUUCCACAGCAAUUUUCCAUUAUCAUAGAAAAACACCCUCAGGUACUUCACAGAGGCAUUCAGGCCUGUCCUUGAGAGGGUGCCAAGAUGAGGUUUAGAAAGAUACACUGGCUGGAAAUAGUAGCUGACACAUUUUCUGUUCCUUUUUGAAAAAAGCAAAUACAAUAUUCAAAUCAUCAACUUUAUUUAAACACGCAGGGGAUUUUUUUUGUGAUCAUAGAUCCUUAGCAUUGGAAAUUCUAGCACCCCACUACAGCAGGUGCAAUGUUGUUAUAUUGGGAUUGGGAAGUUAAAGAAUUUUGAAAGAAUAUUCACAUAUAUGUCCACAUAUGUUCAUAUCUCAAUGAGAUGAAAAAUAAUGUGAAAUUAUUGAAACCUUUAUAUUUACAUGAGACUUCAUCUUCUCUGUGUUUUUUGGAUAAGUUUUGUAUAAGUGAAUGACUGGGCAAAUUAUAUUGUUGAUGAUGUGUAUAUACCUGUAUCUCUGUAGGGAGAACCAGUACAGAAAAGUCACAGUCCAGAACAAGGUCGUUCAGCCCAUCAUGUCUAUACCAGUUGUAUAAACUAGCUGCCUGUUCUAAUAGUACUCACCAGUACCUGGGUCAUAGCCUUUCAGGGUACAGAGCUUCUGGUACAGAUCCAGGUUUCUUUUAAGUUGAGGGUUUUCACCAAACUGGGCAGUGAAUUCCAAACAUCCACCACCCUCUGGGUGAAAAUGUUUCUCCUCAUGUUUCCUCUUAUUCUUCUACUAAGCACCUUAAAACUGUGCCACCACCUGGUAAUUGACCUCUCUACUACAGGAAACGCGUUUUUACAUGUCCAAGCCCCUCAUUAUUUUGCACACCUUGAUAAAGUCAUCCCUCAGCCUUCUCCAUUCUAAGGAAACCAGCGCUAAUCUAUCCAAUCUUGCCUCAUUGUCAAGUCCUGAAGAAGGGCUCAUGCCUGAAACGUCGAUUCUCCUGCUCCUUGGAUGCUGCCUGACCCGCUGCGCUUUUCCAGCAACACAUUUUCAGCUCAUUGUCAAGUCCUCGCAACAUUCUUUUAAAUCCCCUCUGUAUGCUCUCCUACAGCCAUCAUGUCCUUCUUGUAAUGCCAUGACCUGAGCUGUACAAAAAAACUCUAACCAAAAAUGUCUAACUAGUGUUUUCUAUAGUUUCAGAUUACAUCUCUGCUUUAUCUCAUCCAAAGACGGAAAGAAUCCUGUGUGCCUUCUUUAUCACCAUCUCCACCUGUCCAGUCACUUCAGGGAUUGUGGACAUGCACACCAAAGUCUUAUCUCUUCCUUUAUCUCCCUCAUUAUCCUUCCAUUUAUUGUCUUCUUUACUUGUCUUCUCCACACACGUAACCUUGACCUUUUCAGGAUUGGAUUCCAUUUACCACUUUAUCAUUCUCUGAACCAAACCAGUGAUAUUUUCCUGAGGUUCACAGUUUCACUCUCAAUUACUCAGCCAGUUUCUGUGACUUCCUCAAAUUUUCCAAUCAUGGAACCCAUAUUCAAGUCAAAAUCAUUAAUAUAUAGCAAUGGAUCCAAAACUGAUUCCAGUAGAACGUUAGUGGAAAUGCUUUUAAUUCACAGAAUCAUCUGUCAAUCAUUAACCUGUCCAAGUAACAAUUAAUCCAAGCUCUCAACAUUGCUUCCAGUAAUUUGCUCACCACUGAGAUCAGACUGACCAGUGUCUAAUUAAUGUGGCCUAUCCUUGCACCCUUUUGCAUAAUGGUACAAUGUUAGCAGACUUCUAGUCCUCUGGUACCUUGCUUAUAUCUGGUGAAAAUUGGGAAAUGAACCUCAGAACAUCCUCUGUUUCCUUCUUGACAUCCUUUAACAGCCUAAGGUACAAUUCACCCAGCUCUGGUGAUUUAUCCACCUUCAAAGAGGUCAGCCCUCCAGUACUUCCCUUCUCAUUGCACUUAUUUUAUCUAAUUGUCCUCUUUAACAUGAAUAUCUGCAACUUCCCUCUUCUUUAUGGAGACAUAGACAAAACACUCGUUGAGAUCCCUGCCACAUCUUCUGCAGCCAUGCACAUGUACCUAUGUACGUCUCCAGUAGGCCCAUCCUUUCCUUAGUAUUCCUCUUGCUCUUAAUGUACUGAUAAAAUAUCUUUGGACUUCUCUGAAUUUUAUCAGCUAAUGUUUUUCCAUUCCUCUCUUUGCUUUCCUAAUUUCCUUUUUCACUUCACGCCUGUAUUUCCUACACUCCUCUAACCUUUCUAAAAUCUCCAUCUUUCUAUUUUAUCUUGCCCUGUGGACCUGUGGAUAAACAGAAGACUCUAGAUCGGGCACAAAAGCCUAUUUUCUUUGUGGAGACAAUAGGUUGCAUUUAUAUUUUGACAUAUUAAUACAUUUUAAUGUAUCUCAUAGAAGCAUUACCACAAAAAGUUUAACAGGGAAGGGCCAGGAGGGAUAGUUUACCAUGGUGACAAUCUGUAAGAUGUCACUUGCAACAUGAUAAAAGGCAUUUCAGUACGGUGGCUGGUGGAGAGAACCUGAUUGGAAGAAUACAGAUGUGGAGUUCUGGGAAAGAUGAGUUCAUAUUUGGGAGAUAAUAAUAUAUUUUAAGGACUUUGAAGAGAUAGGGAAUCUUGGGGAUGGAUGGUAGUUUACAAAGCUGGUGAGGUUGUGUUGUUUUGUUGUGAAGAGAUCUGAUUACAGGAGAUGAGAAGGAAAGGGGACCAGUCGCUGGCAGGUGAAUGAGGAAGGGAAGUGAGGCAGUCACCAAGAUUGAGGGAACAUGAAGUGGAUCUCACGGACAAGUUUAGUUCAGUGAAUGAAUGCAAGUUCAGGGCUAAAGUAGUGGGAAAUCUGAGAGAAGAUGUUUGGCUGGGUGGCUAGUUGAGGGGAGGGAGGUUGAUGAAAUGAUCUCAAUCUUCAUGACUGUCAAAGAGCUCUUCACAAUUGUAGGAGUUGAGGUGAUGAAAAGACAUGGUUUACACUAGAGAAAAGAACCCAAACAUUAUCUUCAUGUACCAGGAUAAUCAUAGAUACUGAGCAAUUUUGACAGAUAAGAAUAGCACUUGACAGUGCUGAUUGUGAUUCAGCCAGAUCUAGCACUGAAUGGCUAAACCAGUUGUCUUCUGUACUGUUGCAUUUAUUUAUUUUAAGUAGGAAGUGAUUACAAGCUAGGAUGCAUUACCUGAAAUUCUGGUAGAGACAGGUUCAUUCAUGGCUUUCAAAAGGGAGGUGGAUAGAUGACUGAAAAGAGAACAUUUGCAGCACUAUUGCAAAAGGACAGGAAAAUGGGGGUCGCCAAAUUGCCCAAAUAGAGAGAUGGCAUGGCCUGACUAGCCUCCUCUGCUUUAAUCAUACCGUGAAUAUAUAGACCUGGUCUCCUUGAAUUAAGAGGAACAGAAGUGAGGGCUGAAGCAGGGAUAUAAGAGUACUGCUUCUAAAGGGAAUGAAGUGUAGGUUGUGUUGUGAUCGAGCUGAUCGAAAGCUCAGACAUUUCUUGACAAAUGGAAAACCAAUUGAAGUUUGGGAAAUGUGGGUUUACCUGAAAUAACAGUUUUGUUUUAAACAGAGCAGACAUUGGAGGAAGAAAACAAAUGAACACGUUAAUGCUGAACUGUAAGAUUAUUUAAUUUUUGUUAAAUCCAGUGCUACUUAUAUGGCAGUUUGUGUUUCUCCCCUCCACCCCUCCAUAGGAUGAAAAUACUUCCCAUAGUGACCAUCAGCAAGACCCCAUCUCAUUGGCUGUUGAAAUGGCAGCUGUCAAUCAUUCGGUCCUAGCUUUGGCCAGCCAGGGUGGAAGUGAGAUCAAGACAGAAGCAAUCGAC